UUGGGAUGUCGGAGUCCCUCUGCAUCUGUGACGGCGGAACGAGCGAGGAGAGGAACGGCGUUUUUCUUCCCGUUAUCCUGUUCUGCGGUUGUGCAGUCUUGGAGAGAUUGAAAGACCGAGUGGACAGCUAGCUAGCUAGCAAUCUGUGUGAAGCAUGGACCAGAUUAAUAAUAUCCAGGUCGUUCCGUGCACCAGCUCCAAUCACCUGAAACCGUUCAGGGUACACUACAGCCAGAAUGGUGCGAAGAAGUCGUGGGACUUCAUGCGGACCCAUGAGAGCGUCUCGGUCCUGAUCUUCAACACCACCUCACACUGCUUCAUCCUGGUCAAGCAGUUCCGCCCAGCUGUGUACGUGUGUGAGUGGGAGAGGAGCAAGCCCGGCCGGGCGGAGCAGAAGGAGGGAGAGGCAGAGCUGGAAGCAGGGCCAGCACCAGAGGAGGGGGAGGAGCAGGGAGAGACGGGAGCCGCCCCGGACCUGCCGCCUGUGUCAGCGGGCGUGACGUACGAGCUGUGCGCAGGCCUGGUGGACAAGCCCGACGUCUCGCUGGAGGAGAUUGCCCGGCAAGGGGUCCUGCAGGAGUGUGGCUACGAUGUGCCUGUCACCAAACUGCGCAGGAUCACCUCCUACAGGUCGGGCGUGGGUGUGACGGGUGCCAAGCAGACCCUGUUCUAUGCAGAGGUGUCGGAGGAGAACCAUGUGGGCCCGGUGGAGGGUGAGCCGCGGGAAGGCGAGGCUGUGGAGGUGGUCAAGGUGCCCCUGCAGGAGGCCAUGACGUUUGCCUACGAUGAGAGCAUCCCCAAAACCAUCGGGGUCAUCUUCAGCUUCAUCUGGUUCCACAGCAACAUGUCGCCCAAGUAUAAGAUCUCCACCAAUGUGUAGUGACCACCACUGCCAAGCCCCUGCGACUCAUGACACAGCUCUCUCCAAUACCAGGUUUAUUGCCAUGUGUGUUUUUUGUGAUCGGCAAUCCUCUGCCUUCUUUCAUACGCAGAAACCUGCUGUUCUGUUCUAUUUUCUGUCUGUCUAUUUUUAGUGUAAGUCCUGGGUGCUGUUUCACCAAGGUCAGUAUCGGCAGCGACUUAACCUUGUCUGAGUUAGCGUAGGUUGCUAAUGAGAACUGUGACCUCGUUAGCUCGAGCUAGGCCCGCUCCGUGCGAUUGGUCCACAACAGCAAAUGCUCCCGGUUUGUCAUGAUAAAUUUUGUUCCCUCCCUAAGUGACUUAAGAGAACACUUUAACUGCCUGUUCUUACUUUUUAACUCCACAUUGUGAUUUCAAAUGUACUGCAAGUCGCUGGAAUAAUGAGCGAAAUAAGACAAUGGUAAU